UGUGAAGGGAAGAUAGCUUUGCCAGAAAUCCCUUAGCACAGGACAGAAAAGGCUGUUCUUGUUAAAUUUUAAUAGAUCUGUCAGCUGACUCUCUUCGAUCUACUGAAUAUAAUGGUGAAGUUUCUGCCAAACUGCACCAAAGAGGACAUUAAUGGCUGUAAAGAUGCGUGGGAUCUUUGCUCGUUGUGCACUCGGAGCGCUGCUGCUGGCUGCAGCCUGGGCAGACCACCACCACCACCACCAUGGCACUGAACACAGCCAUGAGGGAGAAAUUAGCUGUCACAAGCUGUCCUCUCCCAAUUCUGACUUUGCCUUUGCCCUCUACAAAAGUCUGAAUGCCAAGACUGCAGCUGGAAAGAACAUCUUCUACUCGCCGCUGGGCAUCUCCACCGCCCUGUCCAUGCUGUCUACAGGGGCCCGUGGUGAAACCCACAGCCAGCUGUUCUCCAGCUUGGGCUACAGCACCUUAAGCCAGACUGAGGUCAAUGAAGCGUACAAGCAUCUUUUCGACAUGCACGGACACAGCCAGCAGAAUCAGCAGCUGGAUGUCGGUAAUGGCGUGGCCCUGCGCUCUGGCUUCAAUCCUCUAGAGAAGUUCCUGGAGGAUGUCAAGCACUACUACUCUGGUGAGAUCUUCAACGUCGACUUUACCAAACCUGCUGAGGCUGCAGCUGAGAUCAACACAUUCAUUGCUAAUAAAACCCAGGACAAGAUAAAAGAUAUGGUGAAGGACCUGGACCCUGCAAUGGCCAUGGUACUUAUUAACUAUGUCUACUUCAGAGGACAGUGGAAGAAACCCUUCAACAGUGAACAGACACACAAGGCGGACUUCAAUGUUGACGAAACCACCAAAGUUCAGGUGGACAUGAUGAUGAGGACGGGUCACUACGACAUCUACUGGGACAAUAACAACCACACCACCAUCAUUAUGCUGCCUUACAAGGGCAACACCUCCAUGAUGAUCGUCCUGCCUGAUGAAGGCAAGAUGAAGGAGGUGGAAGGCUACAUCAACAAGGACUACAUCAGGCACUGGCGAGACUCAGUCUCCACGAAUUAUGUGGAUCUGUUCCUGCCAAAAUUUUCCAUCUCUGCUGAUGCUUCCCUGGACAGCACACUGAAAGAAAUGGGCAUUACUGACGCUUUUGAGGAACGUGCUGAUUUCUCUGGCAUUUCUGACGAGGUCAAGCUCAAAAUCUCAAAGGCGUCUCACAAGGCUGUGCUGAGCGUCACUGAGAUCGGAACAGAGGCAGCAGCCGGCACCUUUAUCGAGUUAAUAUUCCUCAGUUUGCCACCAUCCGUCACAAUCAACAGACCCUUCUUGGCUUUCAUCCUGGAGAACUCCACCGGGAGCAUCCUCUUCAUGGGCAAGAUCAACAACCCCGCAGCCAUUUAAAGGCACACGCUAGGAAAAUGAGAACCAUGAUCACAGGUGUCAUCAUGAGGAUCCCAUCAUGAGCCAAAUCACUGACUCUUUACCCAUCAUACUGAUAGUGUCGCAGGAAAUGUGCCUGUAAGUGUGUAUCUCUCUUUGCAGGGGAGUUUUUACUGGUCACAGAAAGGAAGUAAUUCUACAAAAGUAUCAUUAAAGAACAUUUUGUUGAUGUAAAUGAGAAGUAGAGCCACAGUGAAUGGUGGAUUCAUCGAUUAGUCGAUACUUUUACUUGUCUUACAUUAUAGUAAAUUGAAUAUCUUUGGGUUUUGAACUGUUGGUCGCACAAAACAAGACAUUCGAUUAAUCAAGAAAAUAAUCAAUAAUGAAAACAAUCUUUAGUUGUAGCCCUAAUGAGAAGCUGUUUGAGUGGUUCUACAUGUAAGCAUGUACACAUUUGUCUUUUACAUUGAAAAGAUAAUACAGGGGUUCCCUGAAAAUAGAAAAAAGUGAUUUCAUAUUUCUAUUUAUUGUGCAACAUGACAUCAAAUACACAAUAAAUAGAUCAAAAAUAUUUAAACAUGAAUAAAUAAUUUUAUUGAAUUUCA